AUGGCAAGUCUCCCUGUUCUGAGGAGCUCCUCUGGCUUGUCUCAACUCAACAGACAACCACUGUACAAUAGCAUAAAUGAACUACAUGAUCUGGAAGGCGAAUCGGACAAUGAUCCCGUGCCACCACUCCGAUCGCGCAUGAACGUACAGCACGGAUUUUACGAUCCGGGUGAGCGAAUUCCAUCCUAUGAGUCGUCACAGGAACAACAUUCAAGGCGUCUAGGCUCAUCAGCAGGAAAUAGACAAAUUGAUCAGGCUCUGCCUCGAUCUGGGCAAAGUAUAGCCACGCCACCAAUUCUUACUACCACGAAUGCUCGCGGCCGAGCUCCAGAUACUCCAUCAAGAAUCAGAGAUAGAGGUGGGAGUCCCGUUCGAAGCAGCUCACGACUGGUGAAGACAGUGGGUCUCAAAUUUUUGAGUGCGCGACAGCACUUUUUGUUGGCUACAUGUCGAGAUUUGUCGCUCAUUCCGUGCGUAGUGGGUUUGUGUAGAUCAUGGUGGGUGUUUGUAAAAAGCGAUGGGGCGGAAGCAGUGAGUUCUGGAAUCACCACUGCUAGGGUGUCAGAACAUUUUCUUACAGGACUUUGGUGCAUAGUAGCGGGCUACUUGCUGUUUUCUGUUUUGGAUGGUUUGAUGGUGCGCUGGAUCGUGGGUUACUCCAUUACUGGCGCCAUUGUACGUAUGGCGGCCAUGUCUGCGAUUCUUGUGGCAAUCGAAGAGUAUCUAGUUGCUGCUUUUUCUGCCGAGGGAUUCAAUUAUGCUCUCCAUACAUGGAUCCUCAUAAGUUGCGCAUUGACGGUUAUGUUCAUUGCGCAGAACUUUAUUACUUCCAAUAUCGACUUGAAAGGGAAGUACAGGCCGCGAUUCUUUGAUUUUUACAAAAUCGCUGUUUUUGCUGUCGUUCCAGUUGGAAUGGCCAGUUUUAUCACUAUGAUUGGACUUCUUAGAUCCUUGCUAAUCUUACGUUUAGACAUUGAUCUGCAAAGGGCUGCUAAUAAUGCUUUUUGA